GGAGAGGGAAAUAUAAUCAUUCGAGAAUACGAGGUAUAAACAGAGAUUCUGCCACCAUCUCACGGAAGUGUAAACGACUAUAGAAAUAGAUCGAAAACUGAACCUCUCUGCGCUACUGCCCUCAAGCUGUGUUCCCAAUUGGAUUGCUAUAAAUAUACCACAAUGCCAUACUCUACAGCACCCAAAAUUUAUUCUCUCCUUCCCGAGCCACUAUCAGCUCAGUUUGUAAGCACUUUCCUUGGACGUCUCGUGGUAGACAAGUCCCGCCCAACCGACAACUAUGGCCCCGAUAUCAAAGUUGACUUAAAAGCCAUUGUUCCUGAUCUCUACGAUGAGCCUGCCUCAUUCACCGACGUGACCAAGGUGAUGCAAGUCACGAAGGAAACGGAAGCUCAACUCACCCUAGCAAAACUUCUGGAAGUUUUCCGCCAACACACCUUAGAAAACGGGGAAACAGUGGAAACCCCAUUAUUCCGACGUUACCGCAUGAGUCGUAUUCCCCAAAAGUUUGAGUCUCUAAAAAAUGACAACGCAUACGCGAAAGAGAUUAAGGACUUGAGCAAAUAUCUACAAGCAGGUCAGCACCUCUGCCUAGUCACAGGUCUGCUUACAUGUAGCAAUCACAAGACUACGCAAUACAGUGAGGACAUAUCAUCCACUGGUGGAAGGGCGGGCAUUCCUUCAGAGGCACUUCAGGCGGCUGGAGCGCCUCCCGGAAUGGAGAUGAAUAUUGCUGCUCGUGGGGGAGGGUUGGAGCAUACAGCAGGCAGCGCCAGAGGGGUUGGAGAGAUGGUGCUUGCAGUGUCGUAUCAUGAAAUUAAUUAUAAGAAGCAACAAGGGAGCAAGUGGUUCACUCGGAGAUGUUUCCCUUGGAGAGCAAACAAUAAUACUACGCUAGAGCUGGUUCCAAUUAUAGGCAAGCUGGCCACAGGGAAUCUUGAUGGCUUUUUUCGUGGCGAUCAGGCUCUAGGCGAGGGAUCUACGGCCAUUCCUGUUGGGCAUUUGGCGGAUGAUGAUGACGUUUACAAUUUUCAGCUCUGUCUGGAGGAAUCAUCUUAGAAUGACCUCCGGCCUCAAGCGAAAUAAGAAAUCAGGUGCCAGUGUAUACCUAUUCCCUUGUGUUUCAGCGUGUAGCCUACAGCACGCCAGGUCGCGCCCAGUUGCCUUGUAAUAGGUGGCUUAGCCUUGUUGAAAUUAUGGUAAGGGUUGUUAUAUUAUCCAUAGACUCUAUCCUAUAGCAUUGAGCUUACGGAGUACAAACUACUUUAUUAAAAGCGGCAUCCC